AUGGAAGAUCUUCAUUUACCAGAAAAGAGAAUGAUAAUGAAACUCCAUAACCACCAAAAACCAUCACUUCGACAUAAUUGGCAAGUGACUGUUAAGAAAACCGCAAAAAAUCGGAGGUUUGCUAAAUACGGCCGAAAAGCGACAAAUGAAGCGAUUCGCUUGGGGUUGGUUGAUGCUUCGCCAUCAAGCGACGGGCAAGUUGGAUAUAUUAAAUACAUUUCUGUAGAUGUGUUAUAUGCGUUAUACAGGGUAAUUCCAACCUUAAUCAGAAUUCAAUGA